UUCAGAGAGGACUAAGGCACAUGUUAUUUCGCCGGCGACAUAUUUUACGCUUGAUUUUCGAUCUUUUUUUUUUCUCCUGUGCUUCGACUUUCGUAUAACUUUCGAUGGAUAAGAUUAAGGAGUACAGAAUAACUUUGCCCAUAUCUGUUGAAGAAUACAAAAUUGGUCAGCUGUACUCCGUUGCAGAAGCAAGUAAAAACGAAACGGGAGGAGGGGAAGGAAUCGAAGUACUCACGAACGAACCGUACGAAAACCACGAAAAGUAUGGCAGCGGACAAUACACUCAUAAAGUGUUCCAUUUAUCUUCAAAGGUUCCAAGUUUUGUUCGAUAUUUGGCACCUAAUGGUUCAUUAGAAGUGCACGAAAAGGCGUGGAACGCUUAUCCGUUUUGCAGGACGGAGUAUUCAAACCCGUACAUGAAGGAAAAUUUCCACAUCAAGAUCGAUACAUGGCAUAAGGAGGGAGAAGGCGAGGAAAAUGUGCACAAUUUAACAGCGGAAGAGCUGAAGAGAAGAGAAGUGAUAGAUAUUAACAUAGCUGAUAACAGUAAAGUUUCUACUUCGGACUACAAGAGAGAUGAGGACCCAACUAUAUUUCAGUCAAAGGAAACUGGGCGAGGUCAUCUUGAUGAAGGAGGCAAGUGGAAGAAAAACGAGAAUUGGCCUAAAAUGACGUGCUACAAGCUAUACCGAGUACAGUUUAAAUGGUGGGGCCUACAGACCCAGGUUGAAAAAUUUAUCAUAAAGGCUGUAACGCGACUCCUCACCAACUUUCACCGGCAGUUGUUCUGUUGGUUGGAUAAGUGGUUUGGUAUGACCAUAGAAGACAUACGGAGGCUUGAAGAUGAGACCAAAGAAGAACUAGUUAAGUUACGAAGUGAAGGAGAAGCACGUGGAAUGAGUGAGAAAUGAAUAACUAACUAAACAAGGCACAUUAUGAUUCGACUGAACUAGAAUGUUAACCUAUUAGAGUAGAUAUAGGAAACUCGUACAAAUUACAAGACGAGAGCUGUUUUUAUAGUGGGCUUUCACCGGUUAGAAGUCCCCAUGACAAGGUUUUAACGAUUUUUUUUUUCCAUCGGUAACCAUUGCUUUGCUCGUAAAAUUCUUCUUCAAUGCUGUUAUUCAGGUAGCCACGCUGCUCAUGUUAAUUUGUAGAUAUAACAAUGUCGACAAUACUUGAUACGUUGGUAUUGACAUGGGGUGCUUAAAAAAGUCCGUCUGUGCAUUUAAGUUAAUUUUCGAGAUGUAUUUAUCUAGGAUUAGAACAUCGAUUACCACAAAAAUUUUCCUUUGUGGUGUAUGGUUAGAACUAUUCAUACAUCAGUCGAGUUUCUGAAUCAGCAUGAUGCCCUCAAUAUGAAAGUGUCUGUUUCUGAUAAUUAAAAAAAAAAUUGCAACACUGUACUUAGUUAUCAGGGGUAAGUUGUUGUUGUUGUUGUUUUUUUUUUCAUGACUUUGCAUUGUCUGUGCCUUGUUUAUCAUAGUGCAGUUGAAGGAUUAAUGUUUUCAACUGAACCCUUCAGAAACUCUAAUUUUGUUGACUCUUUAAAUUGUCUUUCAUAUGUUAACUGGAACAUUGUAGUAUGCUUCAUCUUGAAUUCAAGAAAAGAUUCUGUUCAGGCUUCAUGGUUUAGUUGGUUGUAUCAAGUUUUUAUCUUGGCAUGGCAAGUCAUGAACUGCUGUGAUUGACAUCCCAUUAAGGAUAUUGGUACUCGUAAACAGUAAAUGAUUGUUGAUGGGUAGACAUCCAGAAAAACCCAAGGUCAUGGUUUUACCAUGUUAGGUGGAAUGCAUGUUAUAAAUACACAUAUAGCACAGCAGUGAAUGGAGAAAUAGUAGAAUAUUUGGAUUCUUGCUAAAGUCCAAGUGAAUAUUCUAUAUUGAAUGCUUCUGUUUAAGGGAGUGAACUCGGAAAGCUUUGAUGUUCAGUUUUGGAGUCAGAUAUAAUUCCAAAAGUGACUGAAUUUGACACCUGAAGCACAACAAACAGUUGUCUCUCCUCUAGGUAGGCCUGCAGUAGAAUCUUGUUGUAAUAUUGAUACAGACCCUCUCUUGCAUCUUACUUGCAAAAAAAAAAAAAAAAAAAAAAAAAAAAAAAAAAAAGAACUUUUUGUUUUUGAUAGGGUUUACAGAAUGUUUGUAAUUUGAUAAGUAAUUGACAACAUGCAUUGAAGUACGAUUCACUAGAUGACUGUAUAAUGCUAGUAUACUGAGAUUAGCUACAAAGUGGAAUAUUCUUCUAAAAUCACUCUUAGGAUUUUAAGCACUACUGACAUAAAUAAUUCAAUAAACAAUUCCAAUGUGAGCAUUA